AUGACAAUACAACGACAAGACAACGACAAAACAACGACAAGACAACAACAACGACAACGACAACGACAACGACAACGACAACGACAAUACAAUGACAACAACAACGACAACGACAACGACAAUACAACGACAAUACAACGACGAUACAACGACGAUACAACGACAAUGACAACGACAACGGCAACGACAACGACAAUACAACGACAAUACAACGACAAUACAACGACAACACAACAACAACACAACAACAAUACAACGACAAUACAACGACAACGACAACGACAACGACAACGACAACAACAAUACAACGACAAUACAAUGACAUUACAACGACAAUACAAUGACAAUACAACGACAAUACAACGACAAUACAACAACAUUACAACGACAAUACAAUGA